UCAGGACGCAUCGAGAAGAGAUGCAAGCGUAUCAUAUGUUGCAUCGAGAUUAUGCUGCCACACAUGGAAGAGGCACUAUGUGGUCUCAAUCUCAGAUUGCAAAACAUAUCGAAAGGACGCCACAAUCACGGAGUUGACAAUAGUAACACUAUCCGAUGGCAAAUUUUGUUGAGACUGUUGGCACAAUACGCAAGUCUUGCUGACGGGUAACCAUCGGGGCUUUGAAUAUCAGUAAACUGUAUCAGAUUUAAGUAUGCUGUGUAGAUGAGCUGUGAUUUGCGAUAGAUGACACCCGCAAAAAGGGAAACGUCAUCAUUGUCCACCAUCAUCAUCAGACGUAAGAUGCGCAUUUUCACGUAUACCAAUUAUAUUUAUGAGAUCCUGCUCAUCCUCUCGUUUGUACAAGCCGUCUAUGCUGGUUGCUUUAAAUUCCGAAAGUUCCGAAAAGGCGACAAAGGCGACAAAGGCGGCAAAGGCAAAGAACAAGUGUCAUGCCAGAGUAAUGAAACAGUAGCUAGUCAGAAACCUGACAAUUGGCCUAAGAACGCUGCAACGGAGAUUUUCCCUGCUUCUGUCAAUAUGAAAAGGCUCAGAAAGGGCAGCAAACCGAUCGAGCCUAAGCAGAUUCAACAAGCUCUUCGAGCUCAUCGUGAACAGUUCCAUGCAUACCAUGUAACGCAUCGGGAUUUUGCUGCUACCUUCGCAACCGGCACGGAAUAUUCGAACACGCAAAUGGCAAAAGAUGCUCUACAGAUGGCACACACGUCUGAUUAACGAUGCAAGAAUUCCUUUAGAUGAAUAGCAUU